AUGGGUUGCGUCUGUUGCAGCGGCCUUGAAGGGCUGUACGAGCCCCAUCCGGACAAGACUACCCCUCAGGGUCUUUGUGUUAUUGCCCUCUGUGGUCUAGGGGCGCUCUACACUCUCAAGUGUCCGGAAGAGGUCAAGCAGGCGGUUCGGAACGCUCUGGGGAGAAAGCAUCUGAAGAGUGAUGGGCCGUCCAUUAAAGCUAAGGGCCUGUACAAGUUCAAGCUGGGGGGCUGGCUGUGGAUGGCUAAUGGGGUAAAGACUGUGGAGGUCCGCAGGGUGGUAUUGAGCUUCAUAGAAGAGUUGGAAAAAGUUCGCUGGGAGAUCGUUGAGAGCGUGGACAUGUCCAGAUCCGGGUACCUCCAAAUGUUAAUUUUGAGGCGCAGUGACGAUGAUUUCGAGAGGGGUCGCCGCAAGAACUUCCUGGUUGGCCUACAUGGUAGUGACGAUCUCCGUUUUAUAUGUGAUGAUGAGCCUACCCGAGUGCAUGCGAUUACUGAAGCUGCUCGGCUCGGUAUUGAAUCGUCUUGGAAGAUUUCCAGAGAAAGCGAGUAUGGCGGAGCUCAUCAGUUUGUGUUGAAUAAACGACCUUUCGGAACGCUGGGCGCGAACGGCGAGGAUUCUGUCAAGAUCAGGAGGAUGCUGGUGGCGAUGUGCGCUCAGAUAGAGAAGGCUACGGGCUAUCGCUUGGCGAAGUCGUUAAACUUAUCGGCAGGCCAGGCAAGCAAGUCCAGUAUGGUCUUUCGGUAUUAUGAGGACUCGAGGGAUUGCGGUGAAGUUACCUACGUUGGUCUCAGCCUGAAUGACAUAGAUGAUGUGCGGUUGAUAAGCCCACCAUGGGACUCUCUGGACGAGACUAUAAAAGAUACCCUCCGCAAGGCGAUUGUGGAAGCCUGGCCCAAGGGCAUCCAGAAAGAGAGGAUGUACGGCGAGGCUUAUGAAUGGAAACUGUCUGGGCGGCCCUGGGAUGCAUAUGGCACUGAUACUGUCGAUUCGAGAAUCUUGGUUGGGAGAAUGUUGAAGGGGAUGUGGUCGCUGGGAUUCGAACUCCUGCCUAAAAUUGACUGCAGUGGUAAGCUAGCCGAUAUGUCCUUAAUGGUAUUCAGAAGGCCUCGACAAGGCAAUGUUCCUCUGCCUCCUAACGAGCCCGUGCUGGGGGUCUCUCUACAUGAUACUGACGAUAUCAGGAUAACGUGCACGGACGAGACGGUGGUAGAUAACCUCGAGGGGUUUGUGCGGAAUGCUAUGAUGAGACCGGCUCUAUCUGCUGACCCUGUCAAGCGUUUCGGUCGCUACGGCCGAUCCUUGCAGAUGAAGUUGAAUGGCUGCCCCUUCCAUACGUGCACUAAUUCCCAUAAUGCUCUCUACUGUGGUACUGUCCUAUUGGCUUUAGUUGAUCUUCUGUAUCAGCAAGGAUGGGUCUUGAGGACAGCGCCUGACGUAUCUAGGAAGUACUAUGCUGAUGAUAAGAAGCAGUAUAAGCUUGAUACUGCUACCAUGUAUUUCACGAAAGCUCGUACCUAG